UUUCGAGCCUGAUAGAAAUUUUCGAGGAUGUGACUAAACACAUUGAUGAAGGAAGAGCAGUAGAUGUGGUGUAUAUGGACUAUACGUAACAAAGGGGACAGAGGCUUUGGACAGUUGCCAAAUAAUCCCUCCCUUUCGCAAUGGGUGUGUAGUGCCGAGUAGUGUUAUUCCUCUGUCAUUGGCUUUCAAUCUACUUUUAAGCUCAAGUGGUGUAUCUCAGAAAGUUUGUUGGGACAAAGAUAAAGUGUGUGAUGCCUGCGAUCUACUCUACCAACAUGCGUUUGAAGUUUCCUAUCCUGGCAAUAUUGCUGGAAAUUGUGAUCAUUAUUCUAUAUGCAUUAUUUGUUACAUAUGAUAAUGCAGCUGAUUCUAGAUUUCCUUCUAAUAACACAGUCGCACUAGAGAAAUUCCACAAUCUAUAUCCAAGUUUCCAAGAUGUGCACGUCAUGAUCUUUCUUGGAAUUGGCUUUCUUAUGACUUUUUUGAAGAGAUAUGGAUUCAGCAGUGUGGGAUUCAACCUGCUCAUUGCUGCCUUUGGUCUUCAGUGGGGCACACUGAUGCAAGGCUGGUUGCACAAUGGACAUCACGGAGAAAUCAAGAUCAACAUUCUCAAUAUAAUCAAUGCAGACUUCAGCACAGCAGUGGUCCUGAUUUCACUUGGAGUAGUCUUGGGGAAGACAAGUCCAGUCCAGCUUCUGAUCAUGACUGUGUUGGAGAUAACAAUAUUUGCUGCCAAUGAGUACCUGGUUACUGGCAUCUUGAUGGUCAAAGAUGUUGGUGCGUCAAUGACGAUUCAUGCAUUUGGUGCAUACUUUGGCCUGAUGGUUUCUCGAGUUCUACACAGACCAGCUUUGCAAGAACCCCAAGAUAAGGAAGGAUCUGUAUAUCAUUCAGAUUUAUUUGCAAUGAUGGGCACAGUCUUCUUAUGGAUGUUUUGGCCAAGCUUUAACUCUGCCAUUGUAGAAUCUCCGGAUGGGCAGUACAGGGCUGUCAUCAACACCUACUACUCUCUGGCUGCCUGUGUGCUCACAGUCUAUGCUCUCUCUGUUUUGGUUGAUAGGAAUGGAAAAUUGAACAUGGUUCAUAUACAGAAUGCUACCCUGGCAGGAGGUGUAGCGGCUGGAACAUCUGCUGACAUGAUGAUCUCUCCUGCUGGAGGUUUGCUGAUUGGAUUUAUUGCUGGAAUAGUCUCGACUGCUGGAAUUAAAUUUCUAACGCCGAUUUUAGCAUCUAAAUUAAAAAUACACGAUACCUGUGGUGUACAUAAUCUUCAUGGAUUACCCGGAAUAAUUGGAGGCUUGGCUGGUGUCGUCGGAGCAGCAAUGGCCAAUGAAGAGUUAUAUGGGAUUGGACUUAAGGCAACCUUCCCUGAAUUUGGAAAAAGAACCGCCAUGCAACAGGCUGGAUACCAAGCUGCUGGGCUGGGCAUAUCUCUUGCUGUGGCCCUCUUUGGAGGACUAAUUACAGGUUUCAUUCUUCGCAAUCCAAUUUGGGGACAGCCACCAGAUGAAGAUUGUUUUGAGGAUCAAAUCUAUUGGGAGGUGCCAGAAGGUGAAAAUGACUACGAUGAACUGCUUUCAUCAGAACGUGGAAAACAUAAAACUAAUGCAGAAGCAUGAUCAAACAUGAAUUUGCAGGAACAUUGUGAGCAAUGCUCAAUAUUGAAAUCAACAUAUCUAAUCUGAAUUUGUAGAUGAAUAGCUCAAAACACAAAUAGCUUCAAACUUUUAAAUUACAACGUUUUCUGCAUUUCAAAAGAGUUUUUAUUAUUUUUAUUCAUCAGUUGGCAGCCUUUUAUAACUUUCUUUGGCCUCAUCUUUCUUAAACUGCUAGGGGAUCAUUUGUUUUGCUUAUACAUUCAGAAUUCUCCUUGCUGGGUUGGAGUUGCAAUGAUACAAGUCUGUAAUGAUUGCGGCUUCAAGCACCACUACGUCUUAAGAAUAUAAUCGUGGACAAGAGUCAAAUACUAAGGGGGUAUUGAGUUGUUGUAGGCAUUGUCCAACUGUCAGGAGGAAAUAAAAAUCUCUAAGUUACAUUGUAAGGGAAUACUCUUAGUUUUGAGACCAAAUUUAUAUUGCAAUUGAUACCAUUAACAUAGAGCCAAUGGUUACUCACCUCAUGAAUAUUUGAGAAACUAGCUUAACAUAAAUUGACAGCCUUACACAAUAAAUAGUGAGCACAAAAUAUCAAUUGUAUCUCAAAUAUUUGAGAUGUUUGAGCAUAUGAAAGGCAGCAUAUGAAUUCCAAAUGUUCUCAUAUUACAUAUUUCACAUUAGAAAUACCAAAAUUAAUUAGUGAGAAGAACAGAAAUCUCAUGGGUUCUGAUUCCUGAUCAGUGUUCAAAGAUCAUUCUGUUAAGAUAGAAAUGGAUGUGCUUAUAUUUCCUUCACAGUAAAACUAUUUGCCUAAACUUUCUCACUAGAUUCUCAUAUAAAGAAUGAUCUCUUUAACAUGUUUUUGAAGCCCUGAUGGUAUCUAAAAGCUUCCCUUCAUGAAUCAGUAAUUUCAAAAUAAAGCUAUAUAUUAACAAUGUAUGUGCAAGGCAGGGAAUCUAAAAUAUCUAUUUGGUGAGAAAAGUCAAAUCAAACAUUUUCCCCAUGAGGAUUAAGAUUCAAGCAUGCAUGUUGCAAGAAAAUUGUUCCUCUUGUGUUAAAUUCUUAUCUUCCAAUUUUCUUUACUUAGUAGUCAGCUGCCGGUUUUCUUUUGCUUGUGCUUUUCAUGUCUUUAGUGCAUUUGUAAUUCUCGCUAUUAGAGUGUUGAAGGCAAAUGUGCAGUUUCCUCAAGAGUGGUAAUAGCUGAAAGAGCAGGGAUGCAUAGGAUCAUCAAGAGGACAAGGAUUUUUAAGGUGGUGUAGACAGACAGACAGACAUACUUUAUUGAUCCCGAGGGAAAUUGGGUUUCGUUACAGUCGCACCAAUGGCUGAGUGGCGGUAAGUGCUAAAGUGUGAAAUUGUUAGGUAGUCAUGGGAUUGUCCAGGUCAUAGUUGGGUAUAUUCUGGGGUUGAAAGUAAGUGUGUGUGUGUGUGUGUGUGUGUGUGUGUGUGUGUGUGUGUGUGUGUGUGUGUGUGUGUGUGUGUGUGUGUGUGUGUGUGUGUGUUUGUGUGUGUGUGUGUGUGUGUGUGUGUGUGUGUGUGUGUGUGUGUGUGGUGUGUGUGUGGUGUGUGUGUGUGUGGUGUGUUGUGUGUUGGCAAAAUGGAAAAGGGGAGGCAUUGCUAAAUUUUAAAUGCGUGGUGUAGCAAAUUGUAGUAAUCAUUGUAGUUAACAGAAACAUUAGUAGUAAUCAUUAGUUAACAGAAAUCAAUAGUAGUAAUUAUUGUGUUAACAGAAAUGUCUUUUUUAGAAAAGUAAACUUACAAGAGUAAGAUAGGUUUAUAGCAUAUUCAACAUAGUAAAUUUUCCCUUGAUAGUUCAAAAGUGUGUAAGUACCAAAAAUUGAAACCAAGACUGAAGGAAAUACCAGAUGGUUAGAGGUAGACCUUUGUGAAAAAGCUAGAGGAAGUAGUCUUUAAGGACUAUCUUCAAAAGGAGAAUAAAUGUAAGGAGAGAGUAGCUUGGGGAAGGCAUUCCAGAAUUUAAUACCUGGGUGUUCUUUAAACUAUCCAUCAAUAGGAAUGUGUUCUCUGAGGAUUUAAAGCCAGAAAUUUACAGAGAAAGGUUUGGGGUAAGAUUAUGAAGGGACAUGAAUGGAUGUAUGAUAAUUGUACAUUACAAGACUAUCACUAGACAUAAUCUUUUACUUUUGCUAAAAAAAAUCUUUCUAUUGAAACUGUAUUUUGCACAUUAUGCAGCCUCCUUUCUUUCAUGUAAUACAAAACAUUGCAAAUCAACUUUUCUGUUAAUGUUCAGAGAUGAAGACUUAGAGCGUACAAAAUAUUAUUCUUGACAGUGCAACAUAUUGUAUGAUAUUAUCUUCAUGAUUAAUAACUAAAAUUCAGAUAUUAAUGCUACAAAAGGAGAUUUAAAUAUAGAAAAUGUGUAAAGUUUUGUAAGACUUUUACACUAUGAAAUCUGUAUUUAAUAUUCUUUCCUAUUAUAAAUACAGAUUUUAACUGAUGCACAAAUUGAAAAAGAUUCUCUCAUCAAAUUGUUAUAUAAACAUAAAUGUUUAACAUUGAGCCAUUUAUUUUUUUAAGAAGAUGUACAUUAUAACCAUAUAACCAUAUACCAAUCACAGCACGGAAACAGGCCAUCUUGGCCCUCCUAGUCCGUGCCGAACUCUUAAUCUCACCUAGUCCCACCUACCCGCACUCAGCCCAUAACCCUCCACUCCUUUCCUGUCCAUAUACCUAUCCAAUUUUACCUUAAAUUACACAACUGAACUGGCUUCUACUACUUCUACAGGAAGCUCAUUCCACACAUUGAGUGUAUUCCAUAACUGGAGAAAAUACUUUAAUGUAAUCUGUACUUCACUGUGUGUUUAAUAAAAAUUUGCAAAAGAACUAAUAAUCGUAAUAGUAACAAUAUGAGUUAUUGUUAUGUAUUGUCUGUUUCUAGAUGAGGUUCUACUUAUUCAAAGUUUGAAGUAAAUAUAUUAUGAUUGUGUGUGUGUGUGUGUGUGUGUGUGUGUGUGUGUGUGUGUGUGUGUGUGUGUGUGUGUGUGUGUUAGUUAAAAAAACGGGUUGGCGUGUGGCCAAGUAGUUAAUGCGUUUGUCUAAUGAUCUGAAGGUUAUAAUAAUGUUAGAUUAUUAGUUUUUGAUUUAUAAGCAAGAUUUUAUUUUAAUGGUAUAUUAGGCUAGUAAACAAAAUUUUG